AUGUCGUCACUUGAGCCGGGAAAAUACCCGAGCGGACCCCGUCUUGUGCGACCUCGGAUCGAACUCUUCCGGGAGGGAUGCCCCUGCGGCAGCAUUGCCGCCGGCCAAGUCCAGCUCUAUCCGCAAGGCCUGCCUGCCGAGGCGCUCAAAACGCUGGAGACCCAAACACGAGACGUUGCCAACGUCGACCAGCUCGACUGGGAGGCGCUGCACGCUGACUGGUUCGCAGCACAACGCUCGCAUGGUCUACGUCAGAAAGCGACCAAUCAUCGCCUCCCAAUACCAAAGCACCCUCUGAACUUACAGUUCAGCGCCGAUGAAGUGCUCGUUGGACCCGCUCUGGAACCAGUCGCAUCGACACCUGAAACCAAGAGCACACGCGAAUCCACAUCUUCAUCUACCGUGGAACAGGACAAACUCGACCUCUCCCGUCAACAAGUGAUUCUCCGAGGCCAUGCGGUACUCCAGGUCGGUGAUGCCGCCAUCCGGGCCCCCGGCAUGCUCCUGGAUAUGCCACGCGGCAUCGUGCAGGCCGCGGGACCCGUCAUCUGUCGAUGGGGGGCGUAUCAGAAUCCGCCACUGGCGGCUCCGUCAACCUCUUCUGUGGCGGAUGCUCCUUCAACGUCACAGGCAGAGGACUGGUCGCCUCACGGCGGUGUUCUGGUGGGCGGGCGCUGCACCUACGACCUGGAGCAGCGCCGACUGACCUGUGAUCGGGUCGCGGGUGCACUGCGGAUCCACAGGGCGGUACCUGACCAGGAAGAGCAUUUACUGCCAGCUCUGGAGACGUUUGAUGAGGUCACCGCGCUUGGCCUACCCUGGGGCCGAAGCUUCUUCCGUCGUCUGAAGGACAGUGAACCGCAGGGUGCUCGCGGCUGGCAAACGCGCUCUCGAGCUUCGAACAGCGCCUACCGACAAACGGCACAGACGAAUAUCGUUCAACCGGAGGCUGCUGCUGCUGCUGCUGCUGGAAGCCGCCCUCAUGACAGGGAUAUGCAAACUCUCGCAACAAUGAGUACCUACGACCCCGAGGCCGCUUACUUGCGGCUUCGUGCGGAACGAGUGCAACUUCGUAUGGGACCCGCACGCCUUCGCGAAUGGGUCGCCGACCAACCCCGGCUCGCGGAGGCUAUUCACUUCAGCGAACGUGCCCUCUACGAUGCGCGACUCGAGUGGGAUCCCAGUAGUGGACCGAAACACCCCGGUGCACAGCUCGAGGCGAGUCGGUUGUGCUGGCACGACCGGCCACACCAGGAGCCGGAAAUGCGUAUCCAGCGUGCGCUGCUGAAGGUCAACAAACGUUUGGCGCUGCCCGUGUUGCAGCGUCAACUGAGCCUCGGCCAAGGAGGUCUCUCUCCUGCCGCUCUCGACCAGUUGUUGGAUCUGGGUCGCAGUAUGACGCGAUUUGCGUACGAUGUGGAGCAGCACGGCGGUUUCUACCUCUCUUGGCCGCUCUGGACGGAUUCACUCCAGGCACCAGCUGGUACUCGUGUACACGGGCAAGUCGAUCUUCUGACGCGCUUGGCGGCUUCGAUACCUUUUCUGCGUCGUUGGGUUCUGCACGCAUCGCUCGCGUUGCGUAACCAGAGAACCAGUUUUGGUCGCAUUCGUGCACAUGUGCAGUUCUGGCUCGAGCAGCCGUCAACGUCGGCUCGGAGUAGCGGACGCAUCGCUGUCGUAGCGGGCAGUGGCGAGGCGUCAGACGACGACCGUUUGGUGCCUGCUGGUGCUACGGCAGGUGCCGCGCAUCCGACGGAGGCCAGCUCGCGGUUAACUGCGGAAAACCCCCGCCAGCGUCAGCAGAUGCGGCAGGCGCUCGUAGCGGACGCUGCACUUGCAGCAGCGCGUAGCAGCACAUCGAGCCGCAACUCGACGGAGUUGAACGUGAGCGCUGCGAGACGCCCCGCUCUUCGCGAUGGAUUGCGUAGCUCGGGGCGUGUCGAGCUGCUUUUCGGUGGAUCGCGAUCCUUCCAGCUAUCGUAUCAUUCGGAUGAGGUUGCGUUUCAGCCGUUUCUGCCCCUGGAGGUGCACGCUACCGCAGACGAGGUCACAUGGCCGCUUCCACGCAGCUGUCCGUGGACCCGACUCGGCCGUCACUGGCUCGCGCGAGGUACGCUCUGGCAACGGCGACGUGUUUCGGCACCGGAGCCACGAGCCCGCGUCCUCGAGGGUGUGCAUAUCGGGUACGAACGGGUGGAUGCGGCGGUGCUGCCGUCGAGUGCACUGCUAUCGACUGUGCCCGCUCGUAGCGUUGUCCGAACGGACGAGCGGGUCCAGCGGAUGGUGAUUCAGUACGGAGUGCAGGUAGAGAGCCUGCUCUAUGCAGGUCGACGCACGCGUGCCCAGCGCACUCGACCGUACCUGGCGAGUUUUGCGGCGUUGGAUGCUCGACUCGAACGUACGCGAUGCUCGUUUGACCAAGAGCCGUGGACGCUACGCGGUGCGCUGGUAGGCGGUCUACGCGCCCAGUUCGGAUGUUUCCAGCGUCGCUUUUUGGACGCCACCGGAUUCCUCAUACGCGUGCGACAAUCGUUUGGAGUGCCGAGUCCACUGCUUUACCAGUACGAGGCGUUUCCGACGAGUCUGCACCUGGGUUGCGGUCAACAGGUCUGGGGACCCUUGCGCGUAGCCGCUGAACGGGUCUGGCUCUACUGCAGCGGGUACUCGUCGCCGUUGUGCGCUGCAAAGGACUCGUUUGUGCCGCUAGAGACCAAUUACGUUGUUGAAUGGCAACAACCAACGUUUAAGAUUGGCAUGAUUUGGAGUGCUGAACGCCACCAGGGCCAAGUGCGCGCCUCCAUGACCUGGUAA